UUCCUCGCUGGAGUAGUAAAUUUUCAUUUCCUUUAAAUUUUGUUGUUUUGCCCCCCACACCUCCUCCCCACUCCCCCACUUCUCAGUUCGUCGGCUCCACCGUUCCACGACUCGCGUUUGCUUUCCCUUCUUCCCACUUCGAUCUCCUCGAAUCACGCGGUGCGGAAGUACGUGGUGCGAGUGGGAGGUGAGGUCGCUCGGGAAGUAGCAGUAUAUCAGGGGGGAGGGGCGAGGCUUGACUGGAGAAUGGCUGGGAGACAGAGAGACUGAACUGAGCUCAAGCCGCUCCGGGAUCUCCAUCUUGAGUUAUCCAAGAACUGAGAGUGCUCCCGGCUCCUACAUUUGCCCUCUUUGGGCACCAAUAAUUGGAGGAGCAGGCUGUGGAUUCUUGAUUUCUUGGUGGCUGGAAUCCUUUCAAUUACAGACAAGUUGCAGGUUGCUUCAGGUUCUUGAAAUUGUAAUUUGGUUGGUUGCCUGCGGUCCCUACUUCCUGGAGCUUUGCUUAUUUCUAAGAAUCUUUUAAUGCUCAAAACUGCUUCAAUUUCAUUAUUUUGGGAGAGUAAUCACCUCAGUGGUUGAGCGCUGGUGAUGCUAAAGUUGGAUGAUGGAGGUAGCUGAUAAGAUUGUGGAGCCAAAGGGCCCUUUGGUGGCCACUGCUCAGCUGCCAAAUAAUGUAGAGUUGCUCAAAUCAGUUGUGCUGAAUCCAUCAAGGGAAGGGGGAAGCUCACAAGAGCAGUAUGAGAAGGAUCUGUUGGCAGAAGGUGAGGAGAGUUUUCGGAGCGAGGAGUCAUCUGACGAGGGUGGCCGGAGUUCAUUCUCCGGGGUGAGCCACCCUCCGGAGCCAAUUGAUGUGGAUCUUAUGAGCACGGUGUAUGUCGCGAUCGACGAGGAGAAGCCUGAGCCACCCGAGUGCUUGAUGCGAGGCCUAUCGGUCAAAGGAGCAUCUAUGGAGGACCUCUCAGUCCAUGCCAUGGAUGCAAAGCCGGAUGUGAUUGUUUGCACAGUUAAUGUCAAUGGUUUGGUUGAAGAGAGGAAGGUGCACUGUGCUGUGGUAGCACCAGAUGCUGUUGAAGCCGUAUCCUCAACUCAGGCCUCGGAGGAGAAGGAUUGCGUCUGGGAUGCCUCCUUCCCUCCCAGUGGCAAUGUCAGCCCACACAGUAGCAGUGACAGCACUGGUGCGGUCGCUGCCACAAGCAUCAGGGGAAGAUCCACAAGCACAUGUAGAAGUGGAGUUCUAACUAGUGAAUCCAUCCUUACCGUGGAGAAGACAUGUGAGAGCGCAAAGGAUAGCACCCGAGGCAACUCAAUGGAAAGCACAAAGACCAGCAUGAGUCGAGCGAGUGAUAGUAGUGGCGUUAGCGAUGACAGCAACUGGAGUAACAUCACAGGAAGUGCUAACAAGCCUCACAAGGGCAAUGAUCCUAGAUGGAGGGCUAUUCUAGCUGUCCGGGGUCGGGGCAAUGUCCUUGGGAUGAGCCAUUUUAGAUUGCUCAAGCGUCUUGGCUGUGGUGACAUUGGCAGCGUCUACCUCUCAGAGUUGAGUGGGACAAGGUGCUACUUUGCGAUGAAAGUAAUGGACAAGGCGUCCUUAGCAAGCCGAAAGAAGUUGAACAGAGCUCAAACUGAAAGGGAAAUUCUGCAGCUUUUGGAUCACCCAUUCCUUCCAACUCUGUACACACACUUUGAGACUGACAGGUUCUCAUGUCUGGUCAUGGAAUUCUGUCCGGGUGGUGAUCUGCACACUCUGCGGCAACGGCAGCCACGAAAGCAUUUCUCUGAAUAUGCAGCAAGGUUUUACGCCGCUGAGGUGCUCCUAGCUCUGGAGUACCUGCACAUGCUGGGCGUCGUCUACCGGGACCUGAAGCCGGAGAACGUCCUGGUGCGCGAUGACGGCCACAUCAUGCUCUCCGACUUCGACCUCUCUCUGCGGUGCGCGGUGUCGCCGACGCUCAUCAGAGCGUCGGCGUCCGACUCCGAUCCCAGGAGAGCCGGCGGUUCGUUCUGCGUGCAGCCUGCUUGCAUGGAGCCUUCUUCGGUGUGCAUCCAGCCGGCGUGCUUCAUGCCCAAGCUGUUCGGCCAGAGGAGCAAGAAGCAGGGCCGGAGGCCGAGGUCCGAGUUGGGGCAGGGCGGUGGCGCCGCCCUGCCGGAGCUCGUCGCCGAGCCGACGUCGGCGCGGUCAAUGUCCUUCGUGGGGACGCACGAGUACCUGGCGCCGGAGAUCAUCAAGGGGGAAGGCCACGGCAGCGCCGUGGACUGGUGGACGUUCGGCAUCUUCCUCCACGAGCUCCUCUACGGCAAGACGCCGUUCAAGGGGUCGGGCAACCGCGCCACGCUGUUCAACGUGGUCGGGCAGCAGCUGCGGUUCCCGGAGUCGCCGUCGACGAGCUACGCCGGGAGGGACCUCAUCAGGGGCCUCCUGGUGAAAGAGCCGCAGCAGCGGCUCGGCGUGAAGCGUGGCGCCGCCGAGAUCAAGCAGCACCCCUUCUUCGAGGGCGUCAACUGGGCGCUCAUCCGGUGCAGCACGCCUCCCGAGGUGCCCAGGCAUGUCGAGGCCGAGCUGCCGGCCAAGUACGGCGUGGCCGAGCCGGUGGCGAGCGGCGGCGGAGGCGGCAAGAGGGUGGUCGGCGCCGAGGUCAGGUCCGGCGGGAAAUACCUCGACUUCGAAUUCUUUUAGAUUAUGAAUGAGUUGCUGAAUGCCCAGUCUCACUAGUGUGUGCAUUUUAGGUGUGGUGUCUCAUUGUAGUUUUGCAUGCAGUGUUCCUUCCUGGAUCAAUGUAACCAGUGUUAGAUUUAGCGCGAUUUUAGUGCGCAAUGUAUCCAACACUCUGGAACCCAGGGAAAGAAAUAAAUCAGAACAAUGGAUUUCUCCAAA